GCCGAGGGUUCCAGCCCGGCCUGCACUUCCCCACGUGCGUUCCAGGCAGCGCGCUCCUAGGACUGACCCCGGGCGCGGGUCUGCGGGCGGCUGCAGUGGGACCCCUCCCCCCACUCCCACCGGCUCCGGCCCGUAAUGAAUCGCUACAUUCUGCCGCUGUCCGCGCUGGGCACAGCGGUGGGUGGCGCCGUGCUGCUCAAGGACUUUGUCGCCGGCGGGGCUUGUCCCAGCAAGACCACCAUUCCCGGGAAGACCGUCAUUGUGACCGGCGCCAACACGGGCAUCGGGAAACAGACGGCCUUGGAGCUGGCCAGAAGAGGAGGUACCAUCAUUCUGGCCUGUCGAGACUUGGAGAAGUGUGAGGCAGCAGCCAAGGAGAUUCGAGGGGAGACCCUUAAUCACCGCGUCAACGCCCGGCACCUGGACUUGGCCUCCCUUAAGUCCAUACGAGAGUUUGCAGCGAAGAUCAUUGAAGAGGAGGAGCGAGUGCACAUCCUGAUCAAUAAUGCAGCCGUGAUGCGGUGCCCCCACUGGACCACCGAGGACGGCUUUGAGAUGCAGCUUGGCGUUAACUACCUGGGUGAGGCUGCAGGCUGUGUGGCAUCGGCCUGGGACGUGAGCAGGAGCCCCCAUGGGCCAGACACAGCUCUGGGUCACUUCCUUUUGACGAACUUGCUGCUGGACAAGCUGAAAGCCUCUGCUCCUUCGCGCAUCAUCAACCUCUCGUCCUUGGCCCACGUUGCUGGGCACAUAGACUUCGAGGACUUGAACUGGGAGAAGAGGAAGUAUGACACUAAGGCAGCCUACUGCCAGAGCAAGCUGGCCGUUGUCCUCUUCACCAAGGAGCUGAGCCGGCGGCUGCAAGGCACGGGUGUGACUGUCAAUGCCUUGCACCCUGGCGUGGCCAGGACAGAGCUGGGCAGACACACGGGCAUGCACAGCUCCGCCUUCUCCAGCUUCACGCUCGAUGCCAGUAGCCCCCACCGGCCGGGUGAGACCCCCAGAACUGUCUGCAGACAUUGCCACACGUCCCCGAGGAGGGAAACUCGCCUUCGGUCGAGAACCACGGAUGGAGGCGGAUCUGGGUAUGUUUGUGGGUCUGUGAGCGAGCCGAGGGUGGGGUCAGGUGGAGCUAGUCUCCAGCACACGGGGGCCUCGCUUAUUCUCACCUGGGCUUCAUUGGGGUGGAGUGCAGCUGACAGGCAAGGUGCUGGGAAACAGGUCGUAAUGGAAACAGUACAGGUGACUGACUCAGGGCAGCCUAUCUCCUAUGGAAGACAUGUCACGAAAUCCAGAGGUCCUCCUGAAGCUGCAGGGCAGGCGCUGCUGAAAAUCCGGCGAGGGGUCUUCUUAUCACAGUGGCAGAGCUUCCAAGGAAAUGAAGUAAGCAUUCUUGGAACCCACCUGAGACCUGGGAUUGGGUCAUUGGUGUGGACGAACCUGAAGAUCUUGAGCUGCUCAGUUUCCCUGAGAACACCCCCGUUGCUGGAGACCAGCACCCCUUGAGGGACGGUCGUGGUCCUUCCUCAAGCAGGUGCCUCACAAGAUGAUGUUCAUCGUCUCGAGGUCCGCCUCAUCACCUGUGGCGAAUCCCAGCUCACACGCUGGUGCAUUGCAGGGUCUGGCUGAGAUGAACCUGGGGACCAUACCUGGGAGUGCAUUUCGGGGGAGUUAGACUGGGGAUGAAAUAUGAGACCAGCUGUGGAGAAUCCAUGGGCAGAGGGUCACUCAUCUAGAAUGAAGGUUUUAUUUAAUAUUUCAGGCUUUCUGGGUAGCUGGAGACUGUGGCAACUGCAUGAGAACGUGUCUCCCACAUAGCCUCUAAAGACGGUGCAGCCUUAUAUUAAUGUCCUGAUUUCGUUGAUUGCACUGUGGUUACGUACGAGAACGUCUUUGCAGGAAAACCCAUCAGGAUUUAGAUGGUGGGGCAUCAGGUCUGCAACUUAGUCUCAGACGGUUCAGGUAAAAGUCCUUUGGACUUAAAAUUAAAGUAUAGCUGAUUUACAAUAUUAUAUGAGUUUCAGGCGUACAACAUAGUGAUUCACAAUUUUUUAAAAAAAAUUAUGUAUUUUUUGGCUGCAUUGGGUCUUUGUCGCUGCGUGCGUGCUUUCUCUAGUUGCGGCAAGCAGGGACUACUCUUCCUUGUGGUGCCUGGGCUUCUCAUUGCGGUGGCUUCUCUUGUUGCGGAGCUCGGGCUCUAGGCGCGUGGGCUUCAGUAGUUGUGGCAUGUGGGCUCAGUAGUUGUGACUCACUGGCUCUAGAGUACAGGAGUUGUGGCGCAUGGGCUUAGUUGCUCCGUGGCAUGUGGGAUUUUCCCGGACCAGGGCUCCUAACCUGUGUCCCCUGCAUUGGCGGGUGGAUUCUUAACCAUUGCGCCACCACGGAAGUCCUGUGAUUCAUAAUUUUUAAAGGUUAUACUCCAUUUAUAGUUAUUAUAAAAUAUUGGCUACAUUCCCUGUGUUGUACAAUAUAUAAUUUUACCUUAUUUAUUUUAUACAUAGUAGUUGUGUGAAAACCACCACCAGAAAGAGAAAGGUGUGAAAAUAGUAAAAAAGCAUUCAGACACAUCAGGGCACUGCCUACUACGGUCUUGGAAACGUGACCCUCCUUUGAGAAAAGAGAAUUGAAAUUAAAGGGGAGAGGUACCUUUUGUAUACCGCAUGGUGAAGGGAAAAAGGAGAGAGAAAGAAAAAUUAGGAUUUUGUAAGAAAAAAAGGAAAAAAAAAAAUCAAGGACUUAAAACUCCCCCUAUUUGCUAGUCAUCUAGUAAAAAGCUGUACUUCACUACCCUGACAGCAGAGGGCACCCUUGUACUAAAAACUUUAUGGUAGCAAUCACAAGUGUUAAAUAUAUAUUUAGGAAUACAUUGAACAAGAAAUGUGCAAAUCACCCCAAAGCCACCAGCUCUCUACAUAGAAAUGCAUGGGCACAAAUAGGAAUUAUCAAACACUUCCACCAAAAGAAGCCACCCCCCCACCUCCAAAAAUGAGAAUCCAAAAAUUCAGUUGAUAUACAACUAAGAGCAGAAUUGCUGUCAUGUGGUAACAACUUGAGGAACUGCCAGAUUGUUUUCCACCCGAGUUCGGAAAAACAUUAUUCACAACAGCCAAAAAGUGGAAGCAACCCAAGUGCCCAUCACCAGAUGAAUGGUGGUCUAUCCAUACAAUGGAAUAUUAUUCAGUCAUAAAAAAGGAAUGAGGGCUUCCCUGGUGGCACAGUGGUUGAGAGUCCGCCUGCCGAUGCAGGGGACACGGGUUCGUGCCCUGGUCCGGGAAGAUCCCACAUGCUGCGGAGCAGCUGGGCCCGUGAGCCAUGGCCACUGAGCCUGCGCGUCUGGAGCCUGUGCUCUUCAACGGGAGAGGCCACAACAGUGAGAGGCCCGCGUAGCGCAAAAAAAAUAAAAAAUAAAAAAAAGGAAUGAAGCACUGACGCAUGCCAUAACAUAGAUAAACCUUGAAAACAUUAUGCUACGUGGAAUUGCCACCUGGAAAUAUACUUAUGGAAUGCCUUUUCUGUAUUUAAGGAGGGCAAAUCCUUGCACUAGGCAAAAGAAUCCAGUUUUAAAAAAAAGGUAUAUGCAGGAGAAAAACUUCAGAAUUUAAUGAGUGGCCUUAAACUAAAUACAUCAUGGAGCUUAAGAUUUUCAGUGAAAGAUAGCAUCUUUGGGGGGUUUUGCCCUUCACACUCCAGCCCGUAACGUGGAGUGAAGCCAAAGCUGUGACCAGGCUUGGGGAUAGUUUUUCCAUUUAUCUCCCCCGCUUACACACACCAUCAAGGACUUCCUCAGGGCAGAAUCUCCUUGUUGGUAUCUGUUCAAUUUACAGAUGCAGACUCAGCAAUUCCUCCCUCAAAAUGUAGCCUAUGAAUAUACAUGCAUGUGGGAAACAUGAUGUGUUGAUGACAUUUGUAAACGCAUGUCAAUUGCAUUUCUUUAAUACAGCAAGGCUGGAAACAACGUAAAAGCCAGCAAUGCGGGUCAUCUUAAGCAAAUAAUGGCGCAUCCAAGAAAAGGAACGUUCUGCAGCUGUUAGGAAGCACCAACACUAUUUUGCUGUUAUUUUUAUUUUAUUUUAUUUUAUUGCUGUUAUUUUAAAACACAUUGUAUGGGAGAAGUGUUCAAUGAGGGCAUAGUGAAAUGUGGGUGGAUGGGACUUAUGUGCCUGGACCCCGGCCAGCGUGGACACCAUAGACCUGCAGCAAGAUAGUAGAGAGAGGGACAGGAGAUAAACACAGUACCUCACGAGUAGGCACUAUUUUCCCCAUGUGGCCAGGACCACCCAUCAUUAACAUGUGUCCGAGAGAGCUUAAAAUGAGAGUCCUUCCAAGGAGCCCUUUGGGGCUGGAAAUUCAGGAGUGGGGUCAUCUCCUUAGAGGUGACACACUAGGAGGAUAUUCCCGGGGUUGGACGGCGUGGCAAGAGAAGGUGUAGGUUGACGGAGAAGAUUUGGUGGAUCUGAUGAAAUGGAAUUGAGAAGAAGAAAAAGCAGAGGGGGGUGAGUCAGAGAGAGGAGAAAACUUGUCUUGAACCCCCGAAGCUGAGGAUGGAAGAUUUCGGAAGAGCCUAGGAUCACAAGUGCCAGAGAGCGUGGAGAAGCACGGGGAAGCUGACGUGGGGAGAAAAGUUGUGGAUUGAACCAAGGGCUGAUGACUCCUCCUUGCCAGCCUCCACCGUUGUCGUGACGUCUUCCGCUCCAGGGUCUCCCCAAAGGGAACACGAGCAGUGGCCAGAGCUGUGCACUCGAAUGAAGCAUUGUGCAGCGGAGAAUCUUGGGGUGUGGUUCACAGUUAUGAGGGCUCUUCCGCGGUCGGCUGAGGCUCACGAGCUCUUGACUUCCUCUUGAAAUCCUUUCUGCUGAACCAGGCAUCAACCAGGAAGACCCCCAGGAUCACCAGAGACAUUGCAGCCGGAGCGAAGCGGACGACGUUCUCUGCAUCGUGGUUCCCAGGGGCAGCAUCUGGGGACAGAGACAGAGAAAUUCCUGAUGUGGAAACUUGCCCAGUCUCACAUCAGAAACCCCAGACUCUUUUUUUUUUUUGGCCUCACUGCUGGGCAUGUGGGAUCUUAGUUCCCUGACCAGGGAUGGAACCCCGCCCCCUGCAUUGGAAGCACGGUGUCUUAAUCACUGGACCACCAGGGAAGUCCCCAGAAGCCCCAGACUUUUAAAAAAUCGGAUUUAUUUAUUUUUGGCUGAGGCACGCGGCUUGCAGGAUCUUAGUUGCCCAACCAGGGAUCGAACCCACGCUCUUGGCAGUGAAAUUGUGGAGUCCUAACCACUGGAUGGCCAGGGAAUUCCCAAAAAUUGUUUUUAAAAAUUGAAGUAUAGUUGUACGAUAUUAUAUGUUACAGGUGUACAAUAUAGUGAUUCACAAUUUUAAAAGAUUAUACUCCAUUUACAGUUAUUAUAAAAUGUUGGCUCUAUUCCCCAUGUUGUACAAUAUAUCCUUGUGCCUUAUACCUAACAGUCUAAACAGAAGCCCCAGAUUUGAAAGUCAUCAUAGUUUUCUACAGCUGCGGUAACAAAUUACCACAAACGUAGUGGCUUAGAACAACACUGAUGUCUUAUGAUUCUGGAGGUCAGAAGUCCAAAUGGGUCUCACUGGGCUUAAAUCAAGGUGUUGGCAGGGCUGCCCUUUGGAGGUUCUGGGAAAGAAUCUGUUUUCUUGCCUUUCCCAGCGUCCAGAGGCGGCCUGACCUCGUCUGCUCAUGGCCCCUUCCUCCAUCUUCACAUCUAUCAAUGACGAGUUGAGUCAUUCCUAUAUCACAUCACUCUGACACUGUUUCUUCUACAUUCAGAAACCCCUGUGAUGCACUCAGCCUGCUGGGUUACUCCAGGGUGGUCUACUUACUUGCAACCUUAAAUCAACCAUAAUUCCUCUCUGUGGUACCGGAUUCCCAGGUUCUGGGGAGGAGGGUGUGGACAUCUCUGGGGCACAAUUACUCUGCCUAGUAUCACAAUUGUUUUCUCAUCCACUCGGUUUGAUCAUUCUCAGCCAGGUAGCCCUGUUUGAACUGAGAACUCCCGAGUACCAGAAUCAUGGCAUGGCGUUGUUCAGGUUGUUAACUGCAUAAGAGCAGUUGGUCAGUGGGUGGAUAGGAGUAUAACUAUUCUGCUCUUCUCUCGCCAGAUCACAAGCCCUAGCUGAAGGCAAUGGUUGCUUCUAGGACUGAUUUUUUUUUGGGCCACGCUGCACGGCUUGUGGGAUCUUAGUUCCCCGACCAGGGAUCGAACCUGGGCCCUCAGCAGUGAGAGUACAGAGUCCUAACCACUGGACAGCCAAGGAAUUCCUUAGGACUGAUUUUUUUCUUCCAAGUAAUGAAGCAACAUUUUAGGGGAUAAUGACUUGUAGUGGGUUGAACAGUGCCCCUCUCCCCUCCCAAGAUGUGUCUGUCCAGAGCCUCAGAAUGCGACCUUAUUUGGUAUUACAGAUAAGGGUCUUGAAGAUGUAAUUAAGGGAAGGAUCUUGAGUCCUCCAGUCCUGGAUUAGGGUGAGUCCUAAAUCCAGUGAUGAGCGUGCUUAUUAGAGGCAGAAAAGGAGAAAAUGGAGGGCAGAGAUUGCAGCGAUGGAGCUAUAAGCCAAGGGAGGCCAAGAGUUGCGUCCACCAGCAGCGGGGAUAGAGGCAUGGAGUGGAUUUUCCUUCAAAGCCUCCAGAAGGAACCAACCCUGAUGACCCUUGAUUUUGGACUUGGCCUCCAGAACUGUGAGAGAAUAGUUUUUUUUAUUGUACAUUUUUACAAUUAAAAAUUUUUAUUUAUUUAAAAUAUUCCAAUUUUUUAUUGGGAUAAAAUACACAUAACAUACAUCUACCAUCUUAAUCCUUUUUAACGUACAGGUCAGUGGUAUUAAAGACAGGCACACUGUUGCGCGACCCUCACCACCAUCUAUCUCCAGAACUCUUUGCAUCUUGCAAAACUGAAACCCUGUAUCCAUUAAAUAUUUCCUCAUUCCUUUGUCCCCAUCCCCUCAGGCCCCAGCACCCACCAUUCUAUUUUGUGUCUCUGUGAUUCUGACCACUCAUAGAAGUGGAAUUAUACAGUGUUUAUCUUUCUGUGGCUGGCUUAUUUCACUUAGCAUAAUGUCAAUUUCCUGUUCUUUCAAGCAACCAACUUUGUGGUAAUUUGUAGGACAGCACUAGGAAACUACUACAGGGCUCUUCAAGUAACUUAUCAAUACUGUAUGGAGGUGAAGGUCUAAAAGGAUUAUGAGAAUUAUGAUCAACAGCUGGGGCUGCCCCGAUUUCCCUCACCUCAGACUAACUUCACCUGGAGCAGGGGAUGCCCCAACAAUAUUACUCACUGUUGCUUUUAUUUCUUUUUUUUUUUAAGGUGGAAUUUUUUUUUAAGAUUUUUUUUUGAUGUGGACCAUUUUUAAAGUCUUUACUGAAUCGGU